AUUUCAGGCAGUAAGAAGCGAGUUUCCAACAAUGACAACGCUUCACCUGUCGCUUUUAUCGCUAUCGAUUCUCCUGGCCGGCGAGUUGACCAGCGUAGAGCCCCAAUAUCACUAUCAUCGUUAUAUGCUGUCCGAUUACAGGCGACAGCAUAGGCACGGCUUACAGAAGGACUACAGUCCAGUGCCGCGGUAUUCCCACAUUGCGGCAGACACCACAGCUGCACCUGGCGAGCUUACGGUGAAUGUAAGCCGAAACGAAACAGCUGGAAGCGUGGGAUCCAUCAAGAAAGUGAACGUGGAUCAACUAAUUGUGCGCAUCUUUGACGACAGGAAGAAUGUUUGCAUGGGAACACUGAUAGGCAGCCGUGUUGUGGCAACCACUAUGAAAUGCGCCAAGGGCAUAAAAUCAGAUCACAUAACUAUACAGACUUUAAGGGGCAAGACGAUUACAGUAAAUUCCACAUCUGUAACAAUGGCUGACAAUCAUACGAUAGCCCAAAUCAACCUGAACCAGCCUCUGAUAGAUGAUGCCAUAAUACCGGCCACCUGCACCAAGUUGCUGGAGCCUGAGGAUUCGGCACAGGUGUCCGUAUAUGGGCCACAGGGGGUGAUCAAUGAAUUGGUCACAGUAAAGCCCCAUAAAUAUUGUCGCGCUCUGGUAAAUGAGACGACUUUCAGCUAUGCAGAUGCGUUUUUAGUUUGCAUCGGGAAUACGAAUGAGCCUAAUUCCACUGGCUGUUCCGGUAACUACGGCUCCCCGCUCAUUUUCAAAGAUCAAAUAUGUGGCAUCAACUUGAUGGGUCGGAGGUGCCUUCCUGGCAGGAAAUUCGAUCUGUAUGCCCUCGUUCUGAAUGAGAAGGCAUACGAAAGGAGAAUGCUAGCUAGACUACUUGGAAUGCUAUCAAAAAUCAUACGACUAGCCCUAGUGCUCUUGCUUGUCUGCCGGCAGGAUGAGUUGAGGGCUGAUGAAUUGUCGCCGAAGGAUAUAGCGCGCUAUUCUUUGAUCAAAAUGGCGUAUAAAUGGAACGAUUGGAGACCCCACUUUGGAUACAAUCCUGCCCAUUGGGCCAUCAACCAUCGUCACAGUCGGCGUUCUAGAUCUAAAAAGAAGGAUUUGCACUCAUAUCUGGUGCAUCUUAGGUUCAAUUAUGAUAUCAUCUGCUCCGGAAUCGUGGUCAACAACCGGACGGUGCUCACAGUCACGAACUGUCUGGAAAAAAAGGACCCACCCGAUAUCAUUGUGCAUUUCACCGAUGGCACCGCCCAACCAGCGUCCAGAAUCUCGCAGUCCUCAGAUUACACGAUGUCGAGUGGUUCUAAUCUGUUGUCCUUUUUGCAUCUGCAAAAGCCGCUGGACCAAGAGUUUGAUACACCGCCUCCCUUUUGCAUGCAGGCCGUGAAGCCCCAGGACAAAGUUAUGCAACUGAAUUGGGAUAAGACCUAUUCCAGGGCGAUCCCGAGAUUCGUGCCUCAAAUGCCACACGAUCAAUGCCAGAAUCUCAAUAGGAAUGCGAGGCUGAUAGAACCCGCUGUGCACUGCGUGGAGAAUACCCAAUACACAGACGAAUGCAUUCGAAGCCAUGGAUUACCCUACGUGUGGAAAGGCGCCUUUUGUGGCAUGAACAUUAAUGGUCACAAUUGUCCUGUACCAUCGAACGCCGAUGUCUAUGUGAGGCUGCUGAGAGAGAACAGGCUCAUAAGCAAAAUGCUCCGAACAGCUGCCGUCUCCAUAGUGGACGAGGAGAUCGUUUAACCAGCCACUUCAAGUAUGAUGAAGAAGGGAAAAGAACAGUUUGAAUGAAAAUUAGAAACUUUCCAGAGACAUUUGAUAGAUUCAAUUCAAAAUAUUUGAAUAAUAAAUAAAUAAAGU